ACCCUCAUCAGGUUUUCUUUUGCUUGAUUUCUUUGAGUGCUUUAAUUGCUUCAAAGCCAUGGCAAGUGCUGAAGAAUUUUGUGAAAAUUACUUGGUGCUUGAUGCCAAUGAAGCAAGUCUCUAUGAUAUUGCUUGUAUUUUGAUAUGUUCAACUACUUUCUUGAACACAAAAAAGUUUUACAAACAACGAUCCCAAGAUGUUGAAAAGUCAACCCAUAGCUUCCGUCAACGAUGGGUCAUCUUCGCCUCCAUGCUCUUGCAGAAGCUUCUUAUAUGGGCAAAGAAGCCGAUGGCUCUGAUAGGGUCUUUGAUCGAGCUAUGGUUGAAUCUUUUGUCAAGCAAUGGUGGUUUUUUCGGACUUUUGAUCAAUCUUAUAACAGGCAAGGUGGUGAACCCGGUAGAAUCACCGGAAAAGUACAACUCUAUCAUUGGAGUGCUCGACAAGCGGGUGAAACUGGAUGAAAGUAUUAAAAAAGGCGAUGGAAGAUACAAACCGUCGCUCGCCAUGAUGGCCUCAAAAUUAGCUUACGAAAAUGAGGCUUUCGUGCAAGCUGCAGUACAACAACACUUGAAGAUGGAUUUUAUUGGCUUCUACAAAUUUUGGAACGAUUACCAACAAAAAUUCACAACAUAUGCAAUGAUGUUCCAAGAUAGAUUGGACCCAAACUUGAUAGUAAUAGCAUUCAGAGGAACCGAACCAUACGAUGUCACCCAAUGGGUGGUGGAUGUUGACAUCUCAUGGUACGAGUUCAAAGAUAUGAACAACUCCACAACCAUUGGUAGAAUCCAUGGUGGGUUCAUGAAAGCACUUGGCUUACAACAAAUAAAAGGUUGGCCAAAAGAGCUUGAUCUGCCUCCUAAUGCAAAGGACAAACACCCUUUUGCAUACUACUAUCUUAGAGAAAAGAUUAAAGAGAUUUUAGAAAAGAACCCAAAUGCAAAGUUUAUGGUGGCGGGCCACAGUUUAGGAGGUGCGUUAGCGAUCUUGUUUUUAGCUGUGUUGGGGUUGCAUGAAGAGACAUGGUUGUUAAAGAGGUUCGAAGGAGUGUACACUUUUGGGCAACCAAGAGUUGGGGAUGGGAGGUUUGGGAGAUACAUGAUGAAGAUCAUUAAAGAUCACGAUGUGAGGUAUUUUAGGUUUGUUUACAGCAAUGAUAUCGUGCCUAGGGUGCCUUUUGACGACAAUGCCUUGUUCUAUAAGCAUUUUGGAUCAACUCUAUACUAUGAUAGUGUCUACAAUGGCAAGGUUUUGAAAGAAGAACCGAACAAGAACUAUUUCUCUUUGGUGUGGGUUAUACCCAAGUAUUUGACUGCAAUUUGGGAGAUAGUUAGGAGCAUCAUUUUGCCAUACUGGAAGGGUAAAGAAUACAAGGAAGAGUAUUUAGAAAUAAUGCUUAGGAUCCUCGGAUUGAUGAUUCCGGGAAUAUCAGCUCAUAGUCCCAAAGAUUAUAUUGAUAUCUCCCGACUCGGGACAGAUCUAAUACCAGCUAAUGACGAGCAUGCCUACUAUCAACAUGUUGAAGGAAAAUUUGACUAAUCAAUAGAUAUAGUACUACAUGUGCAUCCGAAUGGAAUAAUGUCUAAUAUAGAAUAAACAUAUAUACAUAUAAAUUUCUAGUGGAGGUCAUACGAAACCAAACUAUAGAUGUCGCCUCAUUGGAGUCAUCCACAUCGUCAAGACACGGUGUCAUUUGUCUCGAUGUAUGUUGAAGUCUUUCUUCUCUCUGUGUCUUUUAUUCAACAAGCUCGUACAAACACA